CUGCCAUCAUCUCAAGCAGCAAAGCAGCUCUAACCAACAGAACUGUCGCCCGUGCUGUCUCAGGCCAGCUCAUGCUGUCUGCCAGCUGCUUGUUGCGCUGCUCUGGGGACUGGGAACACGCCCAGCCCCAGUCCCCAUCUGUUGCAGGCGUGAAGCAGCGGCUCCUGAGAGCAUCCGAACCUUAGAAAUCGCCUGGGCUGAGACGGUCAGGAAACCCCUUCUUGGACUGGCCUUUGGAAGGUGAGAGCAGGAUUUGUCAGAGCUGAGAGGGCAGCUUGUCAGCCGCUACUCACCCCACCAGCCAGCAUCUCCCAGCCCAGCAUCCGGAAGAGGAGACCUUGGGACCCCUCCGGGCUGAGACCUGAGCUCCUUUGCCAUGCCACUCCUGGAUGGAGAUGUGGAGAAUUCGGAAAAACACUCUUCUCGGAAGGUGGACAGUCCCUUUAGCUCAGGCAGCCCUUCCAGAGGACUCUUCUCCAGGGGCCCUCAGCCCCGGCCCUCCAGCCCUGUGUCUGCUCCCGUGAGGCCCAAGACAAGCCCUGGCUCUCCCAAAACUGUGUUCCCAUUCUCCUACCAGGAAUCCCCUCCGCGCUCGCCACGCCGCAUGAGCUUCAGUGGGAUCUUCCGCUCCUCAUCCAAAGAGUCUUCGCCCAACUCCAACCCAUCUACCUCUCCCGGGGGCAUCAGGUUCUUCUCACGGUCCAGAAAAACCUCCAGCGUCUCCUCUUCUCCAUCAACACCCACCCAAGUGACCAAGCCACACCCGUUCCCCCUGGAGUCCUAUAAGCAAGAGCCUGAACGCCUAGAAAACCGCAUUUAUGCUUCCUCAUCUCCACCGGACACUGGCCAGCGCUUCUGCCUGGCUUUUCAGAGUCCGACUCGGCCUCCACUGGCGUCCCCCACACAUCAUGUUCCUCUGAGAACCGCGGCGCUGGCGGCGGCCCCGGGAUCCGCGGAAACCGGCAUGCUGGAGAAGCUGGAGUUCCAAGAGGAAGCAGAAGACUCAGAAAGUGGCGUUUAUAUGCGAUUCAUGAGGUCACACAAAUGUUAUGACAUCGUUCCAACCAGUUCAAAGCUUGUUGUCUUCGACACUACGUUGCAAGUUAAAAAGGCCUUCUUUGCCUUAGUAGCCAACGGAGUCCGAGCAGCACCUCUGUGGGAAAGUAAAAAGCAGAGCUUUGUAGGAAUGCUCACUAUUACAGACUUCAUAAAUAUACUGCACAGAUACUACAAAUCACCUAUGGUACAGAUUUAUGAAUUAGAGGAACAUAAGAUUGAGACGUGGAGGGAGUUGUACUUACAAGAAACCUUCAAGCCUUUGGUGAAUAUCUCUCCAGAUGCAAGCCUCUUCGAUGCUGUAUACUCGUUGAUCAAAAAUAAAAUCCACAGAUUGCCAGUUAUUGACCCUAUCAGUGGGAAUGCACUUUAUAUACUUACCCACAAAAGAAUCCUCAAGUUCCUCCAGCUUUUUAUGUCUGAUAUGCCAAAGCCUGCCUUCAUGAAGCAGAACCUGGAUGAACUUGGAAUAGGAACGUACCACAAUAUUGCCUUCAUUCACCCGGACACUCCUAUCAUCAAAGCCUUGAACAUCUUUGUGGAGAGACGGAUAUCAGCUCUGCCUGUGGUGGAUGAAUCAGGAAAAGUUGUAGAUAUUUAUUCCAAGUUUGAUGUAAUUAAUCUUGCUGCUGAGAAAACAUAUAAUAACCUAGACAUCACGGUGACCCAGGCCCUGCAGCACCGCUCACAGUAUUUUGAGGGUGUGGUGAAGUGCAAUAAGCUGGAAACACUGGAGACCAUCGUGGACAGGAUAGUAAGAGCCGAGGUCCAUCGGCUGGUGGUAGUGAAUGAAGCAGAUAGUAUUGUGGGUAUUAUCUCCCUGUCAGACAUCCUGCAAGCCCUGAUCCUCACACCAGCAGCAGGUGCCAAACAGAAGGAGCCGGAGGCUGAAUGACCGCCGCGAAUGUAGGCACCCUCACAGGAGAACUUGAACAAAGUCUCGGGGUCCCGUUUUGCCUCAUGAACACUGGCUGCAAUAGAAGAAAAUAAAUGGCUAAGAAUGUAUAUCAGGGUUUGGCGAUGGGUAUCUUUCCAGGGAUUUGUAAGCAUAGGAAAAGAUUCGGGCUUGGCGUUCAAAGGCUGUCCUCAGACCCCCAGCCGAGGGAUUUCCAAUGCUGUCUGUCAUUAAAGUGCACUGUGUCCUGAAAUUAGUACUACUUUUCAUUUCAAAGAAGUCACUGGGAUGGAACGGGUGACCGAAAGUGAGUGAACGGCACGUCCAGAUCACGGUGCCUUAUGUCCAAACACGCAAUAUGUCACCGCUGCUGCCGCAGGCCCCAAAGUGCUGCCGAAGAGAGCCACAGCCCGAAUGUGAACAUCUUCAGACCGUUUACCCAGCCUCUUUCUUUUCGCUCGGUUUGUGGAAAAGUUGUAAUUUUACUAUAGGCAACUGAAAACUUCCGGUGAUGGUUCUAAGUGCUUGUCCUGUCCUGGCCACCGUGUCAGCGAGGUUGGCUUGGCAACACCGUUUUAUUUAUUUUUACUCUCAUGCAGUUUUUUUACGCAUCUUUUGGUGAAUGGAGUUCACCAAACCUACGAAUAAAAUCUCAGUUGUUCUCUUAAAUGGCAAAUCUCUCAUGACUUUAGUUUGGAUCUGGAAAGGCUAUGCCUUCCAAAACAGCCACUGUUGGGUUUUUAAAUGUUUAUGGAAACGGGCCGUGGUCACAGGGAGGAAGUGCCGGAAGAUGUCUGUUUUUUUUUAUUGUGUGUUGAAAUGUAAACUCAUGAUGUUUGUGUGACCGCAGACAAGACGCUUGUAACUUUUAUUGUGACACAUAAAACAGUAUUGUCAUGCAAUUAAAGGGAAACAAUGUUCCCUCA